AAAAAAAGAAAAAGAAAAUUGAAGAUCGAAACCCUAACCUUCUCUCCUCUCUGAUAUUCAAACUGGUUGGAAAUGGCGCUAGGGUUUUCUCCCCUUCGGAUCUCCGGGAUCGGUCGAGAGAGAUUCGGGGUUCUAGGGUUUUGGGAGGAGUUGUUUGGGGUCAGGGAUGGGGACUAGGGUUCCUGUUCAGCAUUACAAUCUCCGGGCUGCCAAUUCUUUCAUUACUGGAUCUUUGCAUGAUCUUAAUACUGUAGAUGGUCGCCCUGGUGAGAUUGAUGGAAUUAGUGAUGUUGAUCGGGAUGCUGUUACUGAGGAUAGCUUGGAUGAUGAGGAUGAGUCCAACUCGGUGAAUUGCUUAGGUGAAUCAUAUAGGAAUUCAAUACCUCUUCAUAGUGUGGGUGUGGAUGAAGGCCGCUCGCCACUUGAGAACAGUGGUAGGACAUCAAGCCCAAAUUACAGCAUCCUAAAUAUCGACGAUGUUUUGCCCAUUGAGAAUGCAAGGGUGAGGUUCUUGCAGAUUUUUGUUGAUCAUUUCAUUGAGCAGCAUGUGGUUGAAGCACCAGACUCUUCGGCUCCUGACUAUGGUCAUGGGGCAGAUAAAAUUAACAAAAGAAAGCAAGGGGAAGUUCAGUAUGAAGGUGAUCCUAGGUUUGUCUUGCCCUUGAUGUAUGUGGCAAAUUUGUAUGAGAAUUUAGUUAGUGAUGUGAAUCUGCGACUUUCGUCGUUGGAUGGGAUUCGUGAGAAGACCAUUGGGGUUGCUCUUGAAGCAGCUGGUGGGCUGUACAGGAAGCUGGCGAAGAAGUUCCCUAGAAAAGGACCUUGUAGCUUCAAGAGAAGAGAAUUAGCAACUUCUCUUGAAACACGGACAAGAUUUCCAGAACUGGUUGUUCAAGAAGAGAAACGUGUGCGAUUUGUUGUAGUAAAUGGUUUGGCAAUAGUUGAGAAACCAAGUGCCAUAACAAUUGAAGACAUGGAGUGGUUCAAACGUCUGACUGGUCGUCAUGAGGUGGCUAUCUCAGCCAGAGACUAUAAGUUUUACUCUCCACGUCAUAAAUACAGGCGUGUUACACCACAAUCUGCCUCAAAUAUUCCUGGGAUGGCAGUAAUUCCAGGGAGUGAUGGUUCCCCUCCUUUGGCAAGUGCCACUGGCUUCCGUCCUCUAAAUGAGCCACAAACGCAGCAGCAGCCUUCAUCAAAACAUCAUAUGCAACAACUUCCACACCAACCUCAAUUUCAGUCCCUCCACCAAGGACAUCAUCAGUCUCUGCAGCACAGUCAGCAGACAGCACACUUCUCCCAUAUUCAUCAAUGCACACAUACUUCACAUUUAGCAGAUAUUCCUCACCAGCAGCAAUCACCACCUCCUCUGCCUCGGCAUUUGCCUUGCUUGCAAUCUCUUCCUGGAGGUCAUAUUGGGGGCCGCCUACAUUUGAUACCAACAAGCCCGGCGAAAUUCUGCGACGAAUGUGGCGUCCCUUAUCUGAGGGAGACAUCUAAAUUUUGCUCAGAAUGUGGUACAAAGCGAUUGGGAACCUGAUGACCAGAGCUGUUUUUUUCCAUUUCCAGCACACUUGUAAAAUAUACACAAGAAAUGAAGGCUUGCUAAGCUUGAUAUUCAGCAAGAUUUCCUCAUAUAUGACGCCAUAUAUAUACCACCAGAGUGUCUCUUGGCAUUCAAAUAAUGUCAAACAUAUAAAAGUACAUGAAAUUCCAGUGUGAAAAUUCUGCAAUGUUGUGAAUCUUACAACAUGCAUAUUUAUUGUUUGUGAAAUCCAAAACUCAAAACAAGUAUUGCACUAGUCUUAUGGCUUGCAAAUCAUGUGAAACAUUAGAAAGUUUCAGGCAGAUGCAGUGCCACUGAAUAA